GGGCUGCUCCAAUUUCAUCCUUUCACUUCGUUGACUGCUAGUAUCACAUUCACACAUACUCAUACGAAGCACAGAAAUUAAAAUACACCAGUUUUCUCACUGUCUCUGAUCGGAACACGUCGGCAGCUCCGUGUCAUUUUUCUGCCGUUCUUCUGUCUGGCUUUAGAGUUCGAGGAAGAAAAUUCAGACAUCUUCUUAGCCUUCUGGAUCUUUGUUCCCGCGAUGUUUUGCAACGCUAUUGGGCGUGCACCGACACUCUUUCCUUCGUCUUCAGGCUAGACGAGCCUCCGCUUCUGCAUUCCCCCCUGAAUGUCUGGUAUGCAGCUUGAGCCUCAUGUCCCAUUUUAAUUGUGUUUUUCUGCUUCAUUUUAUAUUAUUUCACUAGAAUGUUGCCUUUGGCACCUAAGCUUUAGCACUGUAAUACUGUAAUUUCACCUUCGUGUUCCCGUGUCUCUAACAAUCACGAGUGCUAAUCUAUUUUACCCCAUUCUUUCUUUGUGGUUCAAGCUUUUUAUCUUUUUUAAAUGCUUUUUCCUGCUCGGGUUCAUGUUGUUAGUCGAGAGAGAUAGGAGAAAAAGAAAGCGAAAUGGUGUGAAAUUUGAUCGAUCGUUUCCGAGCUCGAGGGCGAACGUGUCCCUACUGUUCAGUAUUUUGAAGUUCGAGUAUAAUGAGUGCUUCUAAAUAGCAUAUGAUCUUUCUCUCCUCCACUAUUUGUGGAGAAAGAAAGGCUUGGGUUCCGAUCAAGACUAGACGUUAGUCCUAUCUGUUAGAUUUUCGAAAUAGGUCUCCAUGGACCACUAUCACUUCUGUUAUCUGACUUCACCUUUGUCCAUUCUCUCCAUACUGCUCCGUCUCCUUGCACUUGGUUUCAACUCUCAUUGCUAACCAUUUUUGUCAUGCUUUGCGGUCUGCAUUUAUUCUGACUUUAAUACUGCUUUUGUUCAAGAUGGUGUUCGGCUCAGCUGGUUCUUGUCUUACUGAGAUUGGUCAACGCCAAGUUACCUCAUUCACAUAUUAUCAGAUUUGAAUCAAUUCAAACAAGAAGCGCAGAUUACUGUUUAAAUAACGUUUUAUCAAUAUUUCAUCCAUAACCUUUACCUUAUUUUUUGUAAUAUCUUUGAAACAGUUCUUAAUGUGAUUCUUGUUCUUUUUAGAAAAGCAAUUAUUCAAUUAGCUUAAUACCUUUGCAUUUGGGAGUUUUAUUGUUUCCAAUUUGCAGCUGAAAAGCAAGCUGUUGGGUUUUCAUUCUUGCAAAUUCAUCCCAAAGUUACGGAGCUAGAGCCCAACAAACCUAUGUGGCCUAUCAAUUAGUUGAUGAUCUCAAUCAAAAUUCAGGAAAUCAAUUACCAGCAUGAGUGGAAAGAAUUAUGACAGGUUACAACUUGAUACCACUGCUUUGCCAGAUGCAGAUCUUCAUCACGAAAUUACCAGAAGUGUGGAAGGCAGCCAUUUAAAAUCUUAUAAGAAUCAUGAAAAGCAAGGGAAUUGCAGAAGGGAAUGUACGGAAGAUGAGCUUGUUAGGUACAUGUCAGAUCUUCCAGGUUAUUUGGAGAAGGGAGGAAGUAUUCAUGAGAAAGCCUUAAACGUGGGUGUCCUUGAUUGGGCCUACCUGGAGCAAUGGAAGUGCAGUCAUAAACAUAUUCCCCAUAUAAGUAGCAGGAGUUCAAUAUCAACUAGUAAUACAUCCGUAUCUGUUUCAGUGGACAAAUCAACAGGUUAUUCUAGCCAGGGUCGUAGCUUGUCUCCUUGUCAAAGUAUGUGCCAUCCACCACUGGUAUCUCACUUUAUGGCAUCUGCAAUGCAAGGCUACUCCCAUGAUGCCAAAUCCUUGGGGAAAAUUUUAGAAAAUUGUCAAAAUUUUAGCGGUAGCAACAAUAACACACACAGCCAAUUUGUCAGCGCAAAUGACCAUUUUUCCCAAAACCUCCCUGUUGAUACACUGAAAGCAUGCAACAUGAACGAUUUGGAUCCCAAAAUUGAUAUGGAAAGAGGAGCUCUAUCAAGUGACCAAAUGUAUGAAGCAGCAUCACACAUUAAACUAGAAAUGAGCACUCAAGGUGAUAAAUUGGAAAAAAGAGUUGGGAUUUUCCAGCAACCAAAUAUGGUUACCGUUGAGAAAGAUGUACUCAAGAAAAACAAACCACCUGUUUUUUGUCUGUCCAGGGAUAUCUACCUAAAUGGUCAUUCUGGAAUUUCUGAUCUGCCAACAUCCCAAUGUCAAAAGUCACAAAUUCCUAGUCGAACAAGCUUCAGAGAAAAUCCCAAGGAACUUUUCCUUGAGGAUGUUAAUGAUAAAAAAUCAAACUCCUGUGCACUGCCACGUGACGUUAAUUGUUCCCCUUCUCAGGCAAAUGGGUGCAGUUCCUUAGGCCCAGAAAGAAUCAAAGUUGACACUGCUACUUUCUCUGCAACCCUAUCAGCUAAAAUGAGAAUAAGACCAUCCAGAUCUAGACAAGAUGAAAAAAAACAGCCAAUAGCUACAGUGUUGUCUGUAAAAGAGCCUUUCCAGGAACUAACCCAAACCCAGAAAGUAACAGCUGAAAAGUCAAGAAGCUCUUCACCUUUUCGACGAUUUAGCUUCAGCGCUAAUUUUGCAAGCAAAGGAUCUGGCUGCAAGGAGGAUGCACUUCUGCAACAUAGGAGCUCAAUAGGAACUUCCAAGUCUAGUUCAGGAAAUAUGAGAGGCUGUUCAAGUUCAGACAUUUCAGGCAACGGUAAAGCAGGUGAAGCUGGUAGGAGUAGGUCAAGCCCUCUGAGGAGGUUACUGGAUCCGCUACUGAAACCGAAGACAGUGAACUGCCAUCACUCUGCAGAGUCAUCUCAGCAAGAUCCAUUGUUAAUAAGUAAGGGUUGUAUGUCAGCAAAUAAAUCUUCCACUGAGUUGAUAAAGGACCACAGGUUUGGUUAUAGUACAAUUGAUAAAGAUGGUUCAUCAAAGAAUAAGAAGCAUGUGUCAUCAACAGUUCAAGCUCUUCUGAGAAUUGCCUGGAAGAAUGGAUUGCCCAUGUUUACAUUUGCAGUUGACAAAAACAGCAGUAUUCUUGCUGCCACGGUAAAGAAGUUGAGUACCAUAGAAAAAGAUGGCUGCAGCUAUAUCUAUACCUUUUUCACCUUUAGAGAUGUUGAUAAGAAGGCUGGAAAUUGGAUAAAACAAGCUGGCAAAUGCAUAGGUCCUGAAUACAUUCACCAUGUUGUAGCCCAAAUGAAGGUUUCUAGUCCUCACAUUCGCCAGAACUCUGUGGACUAUAUCACCGUGAAAGAGUUCAUUUUGUAUUCUAUGAAGCUAAGGCAUGGGGGUGAUCAGGCCCCUGAUUAUCAGCCAGAUGAUGAGCUUGCUGCUAUUAUUCUUAAAAUACCCAAAACAAUGGGUUCCACUGAUCAUUGGUACCAUAGCUGUUCCAAUGAUAAUCGUCAAGAGCUUGUCCGUGCAACAGUUGUACUUCCAAGUGGGAUUCAUAGUCAUCCAAGUAAAGGUGGACCUUCAUCACUGAUUGAACGCUGGAAAUCAGGCGGAUCAUGUGACUGUGGUGGUUGGGAUAUGGGUUGCGAACUUAAAAUUCUUGCAAAUGAAAAUCCAGCCGGUAAAAAAUCAUGUUCAUCCAAAGCUUCUUGUGAAGAUCAUUUUGAGCUUUUCCUCCAGGGGAAUGGGCGGGAACACCGACCUGCUUUCAGAUUUGGCCCCUUCAAGCAUGGAAUUUUCUCGGUUGCAUAUGACUCCUCAUUCACAGUUCUGCAAGCAUUUUCCAUUUGCAUAGCACUAGUGGAUUGUAAAAUGCCACGUGAGCUUUCCGGCUCAAGAAACUCGGUUGAAGAAAAAAUUCCGAGGGCGGAAAUCAAUGGAAUAAAGGAUUUUAAUAAUUAGGAAAUUCUCGUUGUAGGUUGUCUGCUAACCACUGAACAUUAAUUUCAACGAAACACGUCUUCUUGCGGUCAACUGGGUAACCGCCAACCGUCUUUAGUUGACUGCAUCACAUGGAUCAGUAGCAUCUGUUCUUAAUAUCAUGUCAGUAAGGAAGAAUGAUUUUGAGAUUGAAGCUUGUGCUUUUUGUUUGUAUGUUUUCUAGGGAUGCGAUAUCAUUCACUAUCAAGUGUUCAAGCGUGCCACGAGAUAACAUGCUGCUCCUAUUAUCAAUAGCAAUUAGCAUGAGUAUAGCACCAGCCAGUGGUAAUUUGUCUUUUGCUAAAUGCUUACAGAUAAGUCUCCCCUGCUUGAAUGAUCCUUAAAUAAAGUUGGGGAUUGCUGCUACUUAAUUCUCCCCUUAUUUUCCUUUUA